AACUUGUUGCCUGCGUGGGUCGCUCGACUGGUUGGCCAAACUUAGCUGCGUAACCAGAAGCAUCAGCUGUCGAAUCGAGAUUACCUCGCAAAAACCAAACAGAGCAGAAUGGCGCAACACGACCCCUCUCAUGUCGCCAGCUCACAGAAAGCCCUCAUGCUGGAAAUGAAAAGCCUCCAGGAGGAGCCUGUGGAGGGAUUCAAAAUAACUCUGGUGGACGAAGCUGAUUUAUACAACUGGGAAGUGGCCAUUUUUGGACCACCAAACACUCAUUAUGAAGGGGGGUACUUCAAGGCUCGGAUCAAGUUUCCUAUAGACUACCCAUACUCUCCACCAACAUUCCGCUUCCUCACCAAAAUGUGGCAUCCCAACAUCUAUGAGAAUGGAGACGUGUGCAUUUCUAUACUGCACCCACCAGUGGACGACCCACAGAGCGGAGAACUGCCCUCGGAGAGAUGGAACCCCACCCAGAACGUCCGAACUAUUUUGCUGAGUGUGAUCUCGCUGCUGAAUGAACCCAACACCUUUUCUCCCGCCAACGUGGACGCCUCUGUCAUGUACCGCAAAUGGAGAGACAGCAAAGGAAAAGACCGGGAAUAUGUCGAAAUCAUCAGAAAGCAAGUGAUGGCCACCAAAGCUGACGCCGAGCGAGAUGGCGUGAAAGUUCCCACCACUCUGGCGGAGUACUGCGUCCGCACACGUGCGCCAGCCCCCGACGAGGGCUCGGACCUCUUCUACGACGAUUACUACGACGACGACACCAUGGAGGGCGGGGAUGGCGACUGCUGCUACGACGAGGACGAUUCGGGCAACGAGGAGUCGUGACAUGCUUGUUGACUGAACACCCGGUCCAGCUAUGCUCCUCCUUUUCCCCCCUUCCUGGGUCGCCAGAUGUUCUAGGUUUACAACCAAGAAAGAUUGGAAGCUUCCCUUCUCUAAACGGAUAACAGCUUUUUUUCUGGUGCCUCUGGUGUUUUCGUCUCAGAGGUAAAAAUGAACGACUCUGUGAAAAUGUGGGAAGGUUUGCACCAGCACAUAAGUUAGCAGUUUCUUCAGUUUAGCCACCUCGACGGAUAAUUGAAUGCUCACCAAAUCUUUUUCACUCACUAUAGGCUUUAAUGGGGUGGAAACUCUGUCGACAACAACCUUUAUCGGGUGGAAACUCUCUUAAACAUUACUCAGCCUCUUUUGCAUAUCUGUAUUUCCUGAAUUGUAAGUGAUUUUUGGUCUCAGUGAUAGAAAAUGAAGGACCUCAGGCUUAUGAAAAGCCCUGCAGAGAUCCAGUAUUUUUCACCUUUUACAGCAUCCCGCUUACAGACUUUGCCACGUGACAGUAUUUUCUAAGUUUCUGUGCAUGCCAGAACAUCUUUGAAAGCUUUUUGUCUCUUGUAACGGCGGACAUUUUUUUCCCAGCAUCAUGAUUUGUGAUGGAAAAAAACCCCGCUGCGCCGAAGGACUCUGUGGAGAAGAAGCGGCUGUGCGAGUCGGCGUGGUCCGUACCAUGUGGACAUUUUUGAUCUUGUGUUUUUUUUCUGGUUUAAUGUUGAAUGUGUUUCUCUGUCACUCUGCGUGUCAUUUGAAGAAAAAAAAAAACAACUCAGAUUUAGGGGAAAUUGAGUUGGUGGGGGGUUUGAAAUGUUUUUGACUUUGUAGCUCUUGAAGUGUGGGGUUGUUUUUGAAAAAGCAAGAAAGCAUUUGUUAACUAAUCUGAAUCAAAAUGCUUGAAUGCUAUUUUAAAGACAUGGUUAGUUGUAAACACAGUAUCACUCCCAGACGCCUGAUGGACCCAAAGAGCUAAAGCAACAUGAUAAAGACAAACUAUCAUCUUGUUUUAGUUGAAGAUUCAUUAUUUUCUUUUUUUAUGCCUGCACAGUUUAUGAAGGAUGUCACAUAUAAGAAUAUUAGGUUUCAAUGAAAAAACAAACAUGCACAUAGUCUUUAUGAUUCUAGAAGUUUUUCAGCGCUGCAAGUGAAAAUGUUAGGAAAUCAUGAUGCUGUUUAUUUUAAUUUUCUUGUUUUGUUGGGUGAGUCUGGACAGGUGUUUUUUUGCUUUUUGUUCUGUUUCUUUUUCAAUCUACAGCAUUGAUAGCUUAAUUUACUUUGACAUUAAACUAAAUUUCUCAGGAUAAAAUUUCAUUUGAAACAACUGUUGAGGCAAGCAACUAAUUUACAAUAUGCAGAUGUAGCUGUAUGAAGGAUUAUCAUGUUUUAUUCACAUGACUUUUUUCCCCCCAGCUAUUUAAAAUAAAGAUUUAUUUGAAAGAAA